UUGUACAAUAAGUGUCCAAGCACAUGCUUGGUAGAUAAUCGACAUCGUAUGAUAGCGGGUAAAGUCUAAACUCUUUACCUCUACGCCCCUCUCUCGGUUUUGUUCAUUGAAUGAAAAUGACAGAUUAUACAACAUUAGCUGGACUAUUAUUCGUUUUAUGUGUUCCGGGAGCGUUAUCAGAUAACUUGUGUGACGACGGAUGGCUGCCGUACGGAAGCAACUGCUACAAAUUCGAUACCACGAAGAGAGUGUCUGUGGCUAGCGCGCAGGCGGAGUGUAGCAAUCUCGGGGCGAAUUUGUUGCGAAUUCACUCCUCCGAUGAACUGACCUGGAUCACAACCACAGCAAAAGCGUCUUUUCCAAGCGCCGGAUUUUGGACAGAUCUCAACGACAACCCGAAGACAUCCCUAACAAAGCUUGGUACGGGCAAAUGGCAAUGGGGGAUGUUCGAAACGGUAGACAUGUCUUUGCUCCAAUGGGGUACCUCGCCAGUAAACGACGGGGUUGCAAACUGCGCAGGCAUGAACAUCCUUGGUACCCUGUCUGACUUGAACUGUCUUUCUCUACAGGGGUUUAUUUGCAAACUGCCCGGGCAGAGUGGAUGUCCAUUGGGCUGGCUUUCCUACGGUACCGCGUGCUACUGGAUUAGUGACACGACAAAUGCGACGCGCCUUCUGUCGUGGAACGAUGCCAAGUUGUGGUGUGCAGACCCUUCUCGAAGUAACGCAAACGGCGCCCAGCUGAUGUCGGUCGCGGAUCAGAACGAUUUGAACUUCCUAACAAACAACCUGCCGUACCAGACACCGAGUGCGACAGUGUUCUGGAUUGGCUAUACCAGCACGAAUGGUCAAUGGGGCUGGCUUACUGGUUCCACAAGUGCUGUCACAGUUCCAUGGCAGACAGCCCCGAACAAUGUUGCUGGUAUUGAGAACUGCGGUGUUCUACGUAUGACCGGUGUGUUCGAUGACAGGGACUGUUCAUCCAGUUCCAACUUUAUAUGCUACCAGCAGCAGUACAACACCCAAACCGCAGACAAUUUAGGCUGUGGCCAAUGGAUUAGAGGCGGAAAGCUGUGUUACGGUUUCAUCGGCAACUCACAAACUGCCAACUGGCAGGACGCAAGAAGUUACUGCAAGAAGCGAGGCGCAGACCUCGUAAAAAUUGACUCGUACGACAAACAGGCAUGGCUGAGUCAGCAGAUGACGGAUCCCGCCAAUGACGCCAUCUUCUGGACAGGACUUAACGACCAAAAAACCGAGGGAGCGUACGUCUGGGCGGACGGAUCGCCCGCUAAUCAGUCCUAUAUAAAGUGGAACCAAGAACCUAAUAACUACAAGGGCCAAGAGAAUUGCGGGCUGAUAUACACCACGGGUCAAUACAAUGAUCAGACAUGCUCUUUGAAGGCAGCCGCGAUAUGCGAAAUCGACAAUCUUUCGCCGUGCCCUAACAACAGUUGGUAUGCGAACAAUAACAACUGUUAUUUAUUCACUCCGUUCGACCCCAUAUCGUCCCUGAUGAAUCAACAAGAAGCGACGUCGUUUUGCGCAUCAUUGUCGGGGAAAACAAAUAAUGUGGCAGCUCUCCUGUCUGUUGAAACAACGGACGAACACGAUUUUAUCAAGACGACAGUAGGCAGUCCCCAAUUAUCGGCUAACGAGUAUGGAUGGUGGACGUCCUUGACAGACAAGCAGACCGAGGGCUUCUGGAUGUUCGCCACAGGGCCUGUGCUGGACUCGUCGGUAAUAGACUGGACCGGUGAGCCGAGUACCCGCCAGGGCGACAACUGCGGUCUGGUGACAUUUGGAGGCCAGUUCCACGAGAGAGUUUGCUCCCUUAAAAUCCGUUUCAUCUGCGAACGUCUUGCAUACGGUGUUACAUCAGGCUCUGCGCGAGAAUACGCCCUGCAUCAUCGUGUUGCAGCCGUGAUUGUCUCGUUUCUUUCCAUGUUCAUAUUGUCUCCCUCUUUGUGAAAUCGAUAUGACAGUUGCUAUGCAUACGAGUACUGUUUGAGGGAAAACUUCUAACGCACUUUAUCCUUACCAAGCAGUCUAUUUCAUUCAAUCGAUUCAUUGACGUCUCACGUUUAUUCCAUUCAACAACUGAUUCCAGCAUUGAUAUUAUCCAUCCAAUGAAAGGAGGAGAUAUUACCUUAACUGUUUAAAAAGCCAAUUUUUGUUAAUACUACCUUGUGUAUGUUGUACAAAAUAAGUAUUGCAAUAUAUUAACUUCUCUACAAAAAAUACACGUUUUCAUGAUAAUGCAGUAAUGUUGGUGCAUUUGACUGGAAAAUGUAUGUUAUUGAGUUCAUAAUAAUGUUAUCAUUAUUUUUAAUUCAAUUCAUUGUUAUGGACGGAUAUCUAUGAAAAGGGUUUAUUGUAUGUGCGUAAUGUGCCGUCCAAGAUGUGUCUGUGCAGUCUGUGCUUCUUGGCGACACUUCAUGCACAUGCAUUACACCCCCUUUUCACAGAGCACGGUCCAUAUUUAUAGGAUAAAUAAAAGUCUGGAACAUGA